AUGUUGCAAGAAGUAUUACUACAGAUUUACUCGAAAAUCGAGCAGAGACCAAUCGAAGUUAGCUUAGCAUUGAUUUUGGUAUAUUCCAUUUACUUCUUUAUAUUGUAUCCGUUUUUCUUAUCUCCUCUUAGAAAAAUUCCAGGACCAUAUCUUUUCCGUAUAUCUAAAGUGUUUGCUCUAUACGGCCAAUGGAGACAUCAGUGGAUAAGCACAGUUUAUGAACUACACAAGCAAUAUGGAAGCAUUGUGCUAAUAUCACCCACUGAAGUUAGUUUCGGUGGAGACCUGAAAUAUGUCCAGGAUAUAUAUGUGAACAAUUUUCCUAAAGGUUCGUUCUAUUCCCAAUACAAGAACCAUGGAGAGGAUAAUAUAUUUACGAGUUUAAACAGCAAAUCGCAUUUGAAAAACAAGAAACUUAUUAUGCAUUUAUACUCAAAAUCAGCUCUCUUGUCAUCUGAAAGCUCUUUCAGGAAGUUUUUGGCUAGAAAAAUUAGAACUUUGGUACGUCAAAUUCAUUUGACUUCAGUUUCAGGCUCAGAACCGGAUUACUUUAAUGCUAAAUCUGAACUAAAUGAAUUUGGUAAGGGUCACAACGAUGGUGGAAGAUGGUUUAACAAAUCAAACAAAAUUCAAAACUUGGGCAUAGAUGUUUAUUCAUUAUUUGGAUCUUUGUCAAUGGAUGUCAUAACAGCUUUUGAACUAGGAGAAAAACAUGGAACCAAUAUGUUGGAGCAGAAAGGGCAAAGGAAGGUAAUGUAUGACCAUAGAAAACUAGUUGGAAUGGUCUUUUGGACUACUUUAAUGCCUAAGUUUUGGAACUUGGCAGCAAAUAAGGAACUUCAAAUGGCCAAGCGCACGGUCAAUGAAUGGCUAUUGAAUCUUUAUAGAAAAAAAGAAAUAGAUAGUCGUAUUCAAUUAGAGCCUUGUCUGUCCGUCUUUGAAACUUUAAAAAAAAAGGGCAUUCAGGGCAACAAAGCCUAUUCUUUCCUAUCAGAUAAUAUUUUUGCCGGACAUGAAACAACUGCUGUUCAAUUGACCUACAUUACAUAUGAGCUUUCAAGGAAGAACAAUCGCUCAGUAGUUGAAAAUUUGACAAAGGAAAUUGUCCAAACUUUUGGUAAACCCUUGUCGGAAGAUGAUAUAAUUGACGACUUUGAAAAGGUCGAUAAACUAGAAUAUUUAAAUGCCAUCGUUCAAGAAAAUUUGAGGGUUCAUUCUUCAAUACCCGGUGCAGAACCUAGGGUUGCCAGCUGCCUUUACAGAGUGACUUUGGAAUCUGGAGAUGUUGCGUCUAUUCCCAAGGGAACUGUCGUUUCUUGCCUCCCGUACUCUCUUCAUAGACAAAGUAGGGUAUUCCCAAAUCCUCAGCGAUUUUUACCAGAAAGAUGGUUGAGAAAUGGAAGUGAAUCGAAGGAGCAGUAUCUCGAAAGAGUAAAGAUACAACAAAAGUUUAUGAUGCCUUUCGGUAAAGGAAUUAGGAUGUGUCUUGGCAUGAACAUUGCACUUCUUGAGAUUAAGCUAACUUUAGUCAACUUGUAUUGGCGGUUCUAUUCUCGAGUUUGCGAGGAUUGGGCAAGCUCUGCAUCUUACUCUCCGGAAGAAAAGCUGCCUCAUGCCAUUGAUAUCACCACUCCACAAGCAACAGAAGGAUCCAAUGAUGAAGAAAAAAUGAGAAUGGUAGAUUUAAGGGCAAUCAGACCCCUUCAUGACGAGUGUUGGCUAGAGUGGUAUGAUAAUGAAUCCAGAAUAUUGCUUUCUUUUUAG